CUUGGCGAAACUGUGCUGAUUUAAAUGUUUCUUAAAUGUUUGUUCUUUAAACUGCAUUCGAAACACAACAAUUGUCGCGUGGCUUUUGCAGGGAAAAGAAAAGAAAACCCCAGUGUUUAAAUAACAAUAGUCAUCGCUUAUUGUGGUUGCCUCAACUAAUUUGAGUUGUGCUAGUCUAUAAAAUAAACACAUCAAACAAGUAAAAUAUAAUAUGCUCUUUUAUGAACUACGUGUGUAAACCAAUCGUUCUUUUAACCGAAAACCUGUAAAGAAUAUAUAAAACUAUAUUUUCCGUGAAAAUUAACGCGUGUAAUCGAAAAACGUACGAGUAUUUAAUCAUCAUCGAAGGCGAAUGUCGAAAAGUGUUCCGAGGUCAAUGUUUCUGUUUCUGCUGCUGGCAACUCAUCGUUUAAAUUAAAUACACAAUCUGCAGCGAGUUCAGCGAGCACUCGGAUAAAGAACGACCCACUCAAACUGAACUGGACUCCAAAGCCGAAAACUCAGCCAAAACCAAUUCGACGCCAACGCCAAUUUUAACUACUGUUGGUGGCGCCAGCAGCGAAUAGCGAAUAAUUGAAUCAUAAAGGACACGGACGGGGCCACCGAAAGGAUCCCCCGAAUUCAGGAUCAACAAAGCCGAGCAAAUAAUUGCUGUAUAGUGUGCGCACGUAACGUGCUGGUUGGUGGUGGUGGUGGUCCAUUUCCACUUCCACAACUCCCCCUCAAACUUCCGGUGGAAGGAGGAGGGGCGUGGCAGGGAUUGCAAAGCAAGGCGGCUGCAGGGAAAUGACAGGCGUCCUGCUUUAAUUAAAGCCGGGAAGUGGGCGCCGAGGCCCGAAAGUGUGCGCUGCAAUAAAACGAAGGGAAUUGAAACGCAAUGUGGCUGAUGCCGCGGACCGUGGACAACGCAACAAAGUGGACGAAAUUGCUUUUGCAAGAGCACGGGAUAGAAAGAGUAGUAGAAGCAGCAGGAGCAGCAGCAAAAGGGAAAGCAUUAAUUUUGAUUAAAUUCACCUGAAACAUCCGCGCAUUCAACAACAAAACCCAAAACAACACGACGACUGAGUGAAAUAUUAUUAUUAGCCCAAAACAGAAAACAGCACAUUUUAAGCAGCGGAUACAACAAGCAGAGGCCCGGUGUGCAUGAAAUACCUUGAAGCAGCCAGGAAGCAGGAGAAGGAUAAGGAGAAGGAACAGGAACAGGAGGAGGAACACCAGCAGGAGGCAUCUCGUGGCAGUCGGUUUUGCGUGCCGCAGGCAUUGCAACAGCCACACAUGAACACGUCCCUGUGACAGGAGGAGGCGAAGGCGACGGCGAAGGGAGGUGGCGAAGUCGGGACCCCAAGCAAAACGGCAUAAUUUCGUCAACUGCAGCCAGGGUGAACUGUCGGCGGCAGAGCGUAACCCACCAUUUCCCCAGGAUCCAACCGAAAACCCAACCCACGCACGUCAUCAUCAUCACAAUCACAAUCAUCAUCAGAAGGAGCAGCAGCAGCAGCAGCAGGAAAGGCGUCGCUGUCACAGUCAGUGGAACUGUUGUCACCGAGGAAAAAUAUCAAAAUCAGGAACAGGAACACAAGCAGGAACAGGAAUAGAGCAACCCAAAACCAAACCAAACCCAACUUAAAACCCAUUUCCGAGGACCGCCCAGAUGAAUCUGCUCUGCUGCUGUUGUUGCAGUAACAUGGCACCAAACCAGCGCGUCACACGCAAAUGGGAACUGUUUGCCGGACGCAAUAAAUUCUACUGCGAUGGAUUGCUAAUGUCCGCACCGCACACAGGCGUCUUCUACUUGACGUGCAUCCUGAUUACCGGCACCAGUGCGCUCUUCUUUGCCUUCGACUGUCCCUUUUUGGCGGACAGCAUAAAUCCGGCCAUUCCGAUUGUGGGAGCUGUCCUCUACUUCUUCACGAUGAGCUCCUUGCUGCGCACAACCUUCACGGAUCCGGGCGUCAUACCGCGUGCCUCCAACGAUGAGGCCGCCUAUAUCGAAAAGCAAAUUGAGGUGCCAAACUCGCUGAACAGCCCCACAUAUCGACCGCCGCCAAGGACCAAGGAGGUCCUGGUCAAGGGCCAGACGGUCAAGCUGAAGUACUGCUUCACCUGCAAGAUCUUCCGGCCGCCAAGAGCCUCGCACUGCAGUUUGUGCGACAACUGCGUGGACCGCUUCGAUCACCACUGUCCCUGGGUGGGAAACUGCGUGGGCAAGCGGAAUUAUCGGUUCUUUUAUUUGUUUCUAGUCUCAUUGGCAUUUUUAGCUGUAUUUAUAUUCUCGUGCUCUGUGACGCAUUUAGUUUUAUUGAUGAAAACCGAGCAGGAGGUCUUCGAAGUAAUCAAGAAGGCGCCCUUCACUGUGAUUGUUGUGUUCAUUUGCUUCUUCUCGAUAUGGUCCGUGAUCGGCCUGGCCGGCUUCCAUACCUAUCUGACGACUAGCGAUCAGACAACCAACGAGGAUCUCAAGGGAUCCUUCUCCUCCAAAGGCGGUCCCCGCACCCAGAAUCCCUACUCGCGGGGGAACAUCUGUCUGAACUGCUGCCACAUCCUGUGCGGACCCAUGACGCCCUCGCUGAUUGAUAGACGGGGAAUCGCCACCGACGAGUUCAUCCAGCAGAUGCAGCACCAGUCGAGUCCGCGGCACGCACUCAGCGAUGUCCUGAGUGCCUCGCACAUGGUCACCACCUCGCAGCCGAUGAUGGGCGGCGGCGGCGGCGGCGGAAUGGGUGGGAUCGGUGGUGCCGGCGGCGGUAUUAGCAUCGGUGGGGCGGAGCUGAAGCCCCGCUUCUACGACGAGUCAAAUCCUUCCUCUUCGACACUGGAGGGCAACGGAGGUGCCAUCAAUGGCCAUGGGAAUGGCCAUGGCAACGGCUUCGACCAUUCGCCGCCCAGCUACGAUCUUGUCCAGAACGGUAAGUCACGCAAGCAGCACCAGCAGCGCUGCUCCCUGCAAACCCUGCUGCCCGCCAGUGCGCAGCAGCAGUUCAAGGCCAGCAAGAAGCACAGCAACAAGCACAAGCAGCUCAAGCAGCAUCUCGUUGCCGCCGAACUGCAGCAGCAGCAGCAGCAGCAUCACUACGAUGCCAUGCCAUGUAACUCCCCAUCGCUACUCCGGUCACCGGCCACGUCCUCCUCCUAUCGACUGAACCUGAAGCGAUCGCUGCACCUGCCGCUGACACCGUCGUACGAUGAUGUGCGCCACUCGCCGCUGCCGCUGCUGCACCACCAUGUCCACGCGCAGCAGACCACCGCCAUUGGGAGUGUGGCAGCAGCGGCUGCAGCAGUGGCAUCCGGCGCCAGUGGUACAGGAACGACGGCUACGAAUACAGGAGGUGGUGCUGGCAGUGGUGGUGGUGGUUCCUCUUCCUCCACCACAACAGCACCCACUUCAGUGUCCGUUUCCCUGGCCACUGCUCCUCCGCCGCUGGCGCCGCGACGACCGUCGACGCUGCAGUUGCAGGCCAGCGGAGCGAUCUCCGCCAGCAACAGCACCCUGACCACCAUACACACCUCGGCGCCCCAGCCGCCGGCGCCAACGGACUUCAAGUACUAUUCGCCGCAGCGCAGCACCGACUCCAAUCUGAUGCGGAACUAUCCGUUUCCGAAGCAGGCGCGCGGGAUGCGUCGCCAGUCGACGAUGUCGGUGGAUUCGCAGAAGGUCAACAUAGCUGGCUAUCAACCGCUGCCAAUGAGGAAACCGUAUAAGCAUCAGGAGGUGAUGUUCGAACUGAAGUCGCCGACGAAUCGACUGACCAUCCGCGAAUGUGACUUUGGCGGUGGCGGUGAACCCUGCGACGACGAUCAGUCGAUCAAGGACAGCCAGAUCUUUCGUGUUAGUAAACGAAAUCUUUAUAUGAAUCACCGGUCGCCGUGGAAGGAGCGCGAUCGCUACUCGAAUCUCUACGAGUACUCGUUCAACAUCGAUUUAAAUUCGAUCAUCGAAGAUGCGGCGGGCAGCGAUUCGUCAUAGUACGCAGCACUACCCAGCAGCUGCCACGCCCACUCGGUCCGUUUGGUGGUCCGAUAUAGUAGGGAUAUAGUAGGGUUUAGCCUGCUGCUCCUCCUCGAUCGGUUGUUAGGCGCUGUACAUAAGGUUGGGAACUGGCCAGCCCCAUUCCUACUGCUUUCACGCUUUUGCUAAGGGUCCACUUUCCGGAAUCUCCUCUCUCUUUAUUUGAGAAAAAAUAAGCAAAAAUAUGAUUUAGUUAGUUAGUUUACUUCGUUUAGGAUCUAAUCAUAAGGGCUUAAUAGUUUGCAUUGUAUAUAUACUUUUGUCAAGGCUGCAAACCGAUUUUGUAACCGAACUCUUUUCAAAAGGUUCGGCUUUUGGAAAAUUUCAACUGCACGUGGCAUUAAAUCUUAAGUUGUAAUAUUGCCUUGGUAAAAAGACACACCAAUUAUAUGCUUAGUAUUAUUUAAAAUGUAAACAAGAAGCACUUAAGGAUUAUUUUGGAUUUAUAAACAAGAAAGUUUGAAUUUUAAUUUGGUUAAAAAUGAACAGCUUUGCUUGAGCACUUUGUUUCUGGCAAUUUAUCAAAGGAAAUUCUUUGGCUUCGAUUUGCAAAGUAAAUAUUUUCCCCCAACUGAAUGUUCGAGCCAACGGACCGAAUAAAUUUAAAAGUUUGCAGCCUUGAUUUUAAACUUUGAGGGAAUCUCCUCUCACAGUCUGAUUGUGGCACAUUUGCGAGACUCACUUGGCUUCCAUGAUGCGCUUAGAUGUUAGAGCAAAUUAAAAUGCUAAACCUCCUUUUUGCAGCCUGAAAUCCGAAUUUGUGUUUGCACCCUUUUCGUAGAAGUCGAACUUGUAUGAUUUUUGUUUAAUGUUUAAGUAAUUCCCCCUGCCAAACCAACUGUAGAGUUCCCCGUUCGUUGUUUUUCCUUAAAAAGAACUUGGUUCAUAGAAACUUUUGCGUUUAUAUAGCACCUGCUUCCCAGGCUAAGUGCGUCGGAUCUCUUCUGCUGCAAAUGCGAUUGCAAUAGAGGAGAUUCGGCGCCAGGGGCCGCAAUUUGCCACCCGUGUAUGUGUAUCCACCUUGGUCUACGUCCCAGCGCCGCCACCUCCAAAAUAGUGAAGACACCAACCAACUUACCAACCAACUUACCAACCAACUAACCAACCAAGCAACCUACUAACCAGAAAACCAAAAACCAUAAACCAAAAAAGAAACCUUUGAAACCAGUAAACCAAAAUCCCAAAAAAAACCAAGCAUGUUUGACUUUGUUCGCCUCGUAAAAUGCUUAAGUUUUGAUUUUUGUUUUUUGGGAACCUUGUGAGAUUUCCCAAGGCUGGAAAAGCCUUUAAACGAUCGCAGUCACUUGGGCCUUAAGUUGUUUAUUAUUUUUGAAUAAUUUGGAAGGUUUCACAAUCGAAUAUAGAUUACGAACGAAAACUUUAACUUGCAAUUAGGAAACGGAAAUAAAAACAAUUAGCAAAACACACGUAAUGAGCCAAAAUAACUGCCAUUUAUCGAAGCAACAACAUUUUGUUAGGACUUUUUUCAUUUUUACAAUGAAAACAAAAAUUAUAUGUAAACGUAAACUAAACACGAGAUUCAAUAAGAAUUUGAUAAAAACUAUGUCAUUUUUAAACUACUAGUGGAAUACGAGAAAAUUGUUGCAAACGGAUCCGAAUAUCAAAUAUCGAAAUAUGUCUUAAUCUUGAAUAUUGGAACAUUGCCAAGUGACUGCUGCAAAUAAUUAGCAAUAAACAAAAAUACCAAACAAUGCGUUGAAAUUGAAAUGGAAAUUGAAAAUGAAAUUGAAAUUGAAAUAUUUAUACCUAGUUGUAAUAGUUGAAAGAGGAAAACAUUUCUCGGGCAGGAGAUUGCUGGACUUUUGGGGAGGUGAAAAAAUCGUAAAGCGUAUUUAGGUAUUUAAGGCAGCUUAAAGAAAUAAUUGCGGUUCGCACGCCGCCUCCAAGGCUUUAAAUCUUGAGCAUUAACAAUAUUAUGGGUUCCUUUUAUAAUUAAUUGCAAGUGUAAUGCGCAUUAGCGAGGUAAUUGACGUUGUAGGUAGUUAUAUAUAUUAUAUAUAUAUACAUUUCAUGCCGAAUUGAGGGCGUGAAAGCGAGUGUUAACUGAUGAAAAAGUAAAUUUAUAUACUUAUAUAUACACAUAUGUAUGGUUAAAUGUUGGGCAAUAAAGUGUAUCUAGCGUAUGUUUAAAAUUGAUCCGAUUGCGGAUCGUCAGAUCUAUAACUAAACUUAAGUACUAAUCCCGAUGUUGAAGCGUAUCGCUAACUUUCAGGAAGAGACCGUGAGACCUACUUACGAUCCUGAUCGAUUAUUGGAACUAUAAAUCCCCCGAAUCACCCGAACACAUACUAUAUAUACACAAAACGGAAGCUAUAGCUUUCAGCUUCUGAUUUUUUUGGUUUCCGUUCGCGAAUCUCUGCUCUCCUCUACAUUUUUCCAUUAUCUUCAGGUUACCCCGAUUUUGGUUUUGACUGGCAAAGCGCGCACACAUCCACCAAAAAAGCUAUAACCUUCUUCUUCUUGAUUUAUCGCACACUAAUGUCAAACUCUUUCUGUAUCUUUCAACUUGACUCUGGGAAAAACAAAAAACCAAACAAAACUUGCAAUUUGUGUCUGUUACUAUUUUGUGAAACUAACCAAACCAAACCAAACCAAACCGUAAAAACCAAAACAAAAACUGCAAUUGAGCGAAAGUUGUCGAGGGCCGCUUAAGACUAGAGUAAAAAUGCAUUUUAAGCCUUAAU